UCCUUUUGAAAUAGUAACCCAUCAUAUAUGUGGUGCAAAAUAUCCUACACUUAAUUUAGUUCACCUAUAUAUAGAAAUACUUAAAAAAAAGUUUCAACCAUGGUUUGAAAAAGGUGAAAUGUUUGAUUCUUAUUUAACCUUAAUUUAUGGUGAGUUAGAAGAUUUAUCUAAUCAAACCAAUAUAGAAAAAUUAUCUGAUACUGAUGAUUUAAGUUCUGCUAGUAAAGAUAAAAAUAUAUUAUCAGCAGAUAAACGUCGAUAUUGGCAAUUUACUUACUAUCAAUUUAAACGAAAUAUAUACAAAAAGUAUAGUAAAAGCUGA